GUGGUCAUAUGUUUUUAUGGCAUACAACCCCCUUGCCCUUCUUCUAAAACCAGUUCUGUCAUACAAAUUUAAAUUAAAACUAAAUUAAAAGACAAAUAUGGAUCAACCAGUGUUUGUUGUUUUAACAAUAAGUGAUUCGUGUCACCAGCAAACUGCAGUUGAUAAGAGCGGUCCGCGUUUAAAGGAAUUGGUUAAGGAAACAUUUGGCGAAUGCCAAUUUAUUACUGAAAUUCUACCCGACGAACGUAGUGUCAUCAGUAGUAAACUCAAUGGAUACGCCCUUAGGAAUGUUCGGGCAAUUUUGACAACUGGUGGCACUGGUUUCGGACCAAGGGACAUAACCCCUGAAGCCACAAAAGAUGUCAUACAAAAAGAAUGCCCACAACUUGUGCUGGCCAUGGCUUUGGAGAGCCUCAAGAAAACACCGUUUGGGUCAUUGUCUCGUGCCGUUGCAGGUAUACUUAACAAAACGCUGAUUGUUAAUUUUCCAGGCAGUGAAAAAGCAGUAGUCGAAUGCUUCGAAGCUAUUCGAUCAGUUCUGCCGCAUGCGUUGCAAUUGAUCGGCGACGAUUUUAACUUGGUCCAGAAGACACACAAAGAAAUUCAAGGAAGUUUUUCGAGAAUGGAUAGAGGACAUGUAUGUCCACAUAAAACAGGAACCGGCGAUCCCAGUGAUCGAAAUUCACCAUUUCCAAUGCUUCCCGUACACGAAGCUCUGGGAAUUAUAUUCCGAAUUGUUGUGGUGCAGCGGACCAUUCCAAACUUUUUGUCCCAGUAUGUGGCACCUGUUGAUAUCCCUCCAUUUAGGGCAUCAAUUAAGGACGGUUAUGCAAUGAAGUCAUCUGGUUUUUCGGGUGCAAAGAAAGUCGUUGGUUAUAUUGCUGCUGGAGAUGAGAUCUCUGACUAUGAACUUCAAGAAGAUGAAUGUUUCAAAAUAAACACCGGAGCUCCUAUUCCCAACCAUGCAGAUUGUGUUAUUCAAAUUGAAGAUACCAAACUUUUACGAACUACAAAAUCAGGAGCUGAAGAUUUAGUCGAAAUUCUUGUCGAUCCUCAAGCUAAUUUAGACAUUAGACCUAUUGGAUGCGAUCUUAGAAAAGGCACUCAACUCUUUCCCAGUGCAGAUCAUUCCGAAGUUGUUGUUAAAUCAAUAUUAGCUUCAGUUGGUAAAACGAUCCAAUUUAAAAAACCAAAAAUAGCUGUUAUUUCGACAGGCAGUGAAUUGCUGGCCCCAGAUGAUUUGGAUGUUUCGGGCAAAAUCUACGAUUCAAAUACAACAAUGAUUGAAGAAUUGUUAGCUUAUUUUAAUUUCGAAUGCAUGAUGAAGAGUGUUCUGAGAGACGAUUUCGAAUCACUUAAAGCUGCAGUUGAAGAUAUUUAUCAAUCUGUGGAUUUCAUUAUCUGCAGUGGUGGUGUUUCAAUGGGCGAUAAAGACUAUAUUAAACCAGUUUUAGAGAAGCUUGGUUUUCAAAUCAAUUUUGGAAGAAUUAAUAUGAAACCUGGAAAACCAAUGACAUUUGCUUCAAACACCAGUAAGGGAAAGUAUUUCUUUGGUUUGCCAGGAAAUCCAGUAUCAGCUUUUGUUACAUUCCACUUAUUUGCAUUACCAGCUGUCCGUUGGGCUUCUGGUUGGGAAAGAGAUAAGUGCGAGUUAGCUACAAUUCAAGUAACACUUCAAAACGACAACAUCGACCUUGACCCCAGGCCAGAAUAUGUUCGUGCUUCAGUGACAAGUAAAAAUGGACGUCUCUAUGCUUCAGUCAAUGGCAAUCAAAUAAGCAGCAGGUUGCAAAGUAUAAUUGGUGCUGACGUUCUUAUACAUUUACCAGGCAAAACGGCAGAGAAACCUGUUGCAUCAGCUGGUGACAUUUUAAGAGCUUCUGUCUUGCGUUAUGAUUUCAUAUCGAAAUAUGAAUAAUUUUUAACAAUCUAUAAAUAUGCAUCUAUAAAAUGCAAACAAAAUAAUAUUUUAAUUUCCAUCUCCAUCCACGUAUUUGGCUUUAUUGGUUCUAACUUUUAAGUACACAAUCGAAUUUACUGUAAUGCUAAAGUGCAUAAUUAAGAUAUAAAAUUUACGAAGAAAAAAAAGACAAAACAAAAUUAUUUUUCUACCAUUCAAGGCGAAUAUAGAAUUUAAAUAAUAAAAGCAAUAUAAUUAUAACACAAAUGUAUAAAA